UAUUAGGGUUAACUUAAUGUUAAAUCUAAUGCUUCUUACCGCAACGUUCCAUUCUAAGAACAACCCAAAACUUUUGAUGGUGAUCUCAAAAAACCUCCCAAAUGACACUGAGUUUGCCAGGGUUGUUGGUGCUUUGCAGUCAAGAGGUAUAAAAGUUCUCUUGGUACAGCCUCAUGAUGAGGCCGCAUCUCAACAGCUUUUUCGUACUCCAGAGUCAAUAUCUAAUUUAGUUAGAGUAAAGCCGGUUGUGAACCAAACUGCAAGUUUUUACCAAGAUUUCUCUGUGCCUACCACAUACGUGGAUGCGCCUAAGACAGGUGUAUUCUGGGACGCCCAGGAUUCACCACUCCCUAAUCAUCUUGAUCCUGAAUCCAUCUUUCAGAGUAUCAAAUCAGCACUUGAGGGAAAAGGUUAUUUUGCUUACAUAUCAAUAUGGGUUUAUGCUGACGAGAAGAUAACCUUCUCGAAUGAAUUACUGGAUGAGUAUCGCAAGUCUGACAUCUACUUCCUUCCCAAAGUUCCAGGGGAUAAAAAUCUGAGAUAUGAUAGGAUGUUACAUGACAUUUUUUUAUGGGAAAUAGACACACCUGGGGGAUAUGCUGGUCCAUCAAAUGUGGUCGUCAUCUCCAACAACAUCAAGAUCCAAGGAGACAACUACUUGAGGAGAAAUGGCAUGCCAAGAAUUGCUGACUUCAUCUUUAGUCUUACAUGUUUAAAUUCCAGAUCUUAUAAUUCUUUCUUAGUACAGCCUGAGCUGCUCACACUCACACCAGAACCCUCAGAAUGGCCAGGAUACCUAUUUGACAUAGGUGAGGUUGUUGGCUUCUUUAGAGUCGCCCCCAGUCAAACUAAGCGGAUGCGGAAGAAAAGUAGUAAGGAAAAUUUCGCCGUCAAAACCAAGAGCGAGGAAGAUUUCUCCAGUGCUUACUCACACAUAUACUGGGACGUCGACGAUUACCCGAUCCCUAAAGAUAUCGCGCCUAAUUGUAUUUAUCACAACUUUAAAUUAGCUCUUGAGAAUAUGGGCUAUUAUGGUACGUUGGAAGUCAAUGCUUAUAGUGAGAAGGAGAUCCCCUUGGGAUUAGAUGAAAAAUCGAUGGAUCUCCUAAGGAUCAUGUUCAUUCCCAAACGUUCACCUAAAAUAGCGUUAUGGAACAUUAUGUACACAGUAAAUUCUUCUCGUCAGCGAUUCAAUGUGAUGAUAAUCUCAAAAAGACUCACUACUGAUGAGGAGUCCAUGAGGAUUCUUUGGGCUUUGAAAUGGAGAGGUACCAACGUUCUCUUGGUACAACCUAAUGAUGAGGGUGAAUCAGAAAUACCAUUUCAUAGUUCAGCCUCAAUAUCUGACUGUACAAGAUUUUUAAAUGGAGAAAAGCCUAUCGACCGUCAAAUUGUUGACAAUACUGACAAUUCUUCUUGUACUAGCUGGGAAACUGACACUGAUCCUGAAGAAGAGGUAGUCAUUAUGGUUUGAUGUAAAAGCAUUCUCACUUUUAUAUGCUAUUUGCUUAUUUUUGUAUGAAAAACAUUCUGGUUUGAUGUUUCUUCUAUCUGUAUCCCUCCCUUUCAUUCUUUCUUUACUUACUCGAAUAAGAUUACUUUCUUGUGUGGACACAUGCAACUAUUAUUAUUAGAAGAUAAUAUAGCUAUAAUGCAAAAGAGUU